GUCAAGGGAGGAGUGAAGUGGAAGUGAGUUGUGCGUCCCUCCAGUGUAGUUAAAAUGGCAGAAUAUAACUAUAUAUGCAUAACACUCCUGUGAAGAUUGGUAACUCUUUGCGAUAAUAUUCUUAGGUUAUUUCUAGAUGACUACACAAGUUACUAGUAGUGAAACAAUAUAUAUCAAGCUUGAUCACGAGUGCAGGUGAACUUGAUUCUGCAAUAAUGGAUUAACUGGAUGUGUCAUGCAGUUUGAGUUAAUAUCAACAGACGUCACAUAGCAUCUGGAGCCAUGUGUACAUAGCAUAAACACGACACUGCUCUUGCAAGGAGACAUCUUGUUCCAGUCAAGCAGAAGCACGGAACCCAUAUAACCACAUAAGGAUUUAAAUUUACCAUUCCGAAAUUAAAAAAAAAGUGACAUCUUUCCAUUUUAAUUAAAAAUCUGAGGUAAACAAAGAUGAGUUUCUCCCGUGGAGUGAGUGAAGCUGACCCUCGCUUCUUCAAACUGUACAAAGUGCUAGUCAGCGAAGGUCGCCAUGUUCUCUUCUUGAUAUUUCGCUGGGGAUGCGAUGAAAUGGAAGUAAUUAAGAAGGAAUUUGAAAGAAGGCAUUUGAGAAAUCCCAAAACAAGUGAUGAAGAGAGAAAGAAAUAUUGCACAUGGGAUGAGUUUGAUAUAACCCUGGUGUACGCCUCCAUUAAAAAGCACUGUGUAUAUCUUGCUAAAAGCGAGGCAGAUGAAUGGAAGGAGGGAGAUAAUACAAAGUUGGAAUCUGUUUGCACAUCCAUUAAAAACUUUAGGAACAACUUUAUUCAUUCACCUCCUGACAUUCAUAAUGAUGAAGUAAUGAAUAACAUACUUCACGAGCUUCAAAAACAUCUAGAGAACGCUAUUAUGUUGGGAGGAGACUGCUACGGUCGCGACCAGUCAGAGAUUGACAGUAACAUUCAGGAAGUGCGUAACAAUAUUGCUGAAAUAAUGAAUUCAUAUUUAUAUUCUGCUGAUUUUGAACAGUAUAACAGUGAAAUAAACAAGCUUAGGGAAGAGAAAAAGGAUAUAGUACGUGAAAUGGGAAAAUGUGAACUUUUAUCGGAAUAUGAGAAAUUAUCUAAGAUUGAUCCAGCAUCGUUUAUUUCUGGCAGAAAUACACUGCAGGUUUCCAAAGUUUUUACUCGGCUUGAAGUAACCCGAAACAAAGUCAACAAUGCCAGUUAUUCUGAAGAUGUAGAUUAUGAAACUCUGUUGGAACUAACAACAGAAGAUGGAAGUAUGCCAGUAAUUACCCUGGUGGAAGGAGAGGCUGGUGCUGGUAAAACAACCUUGGCAAAACUAAUUCUUGAUAAAUGGAGUGCUGGGGAAAAAUCCACCUUUGAUGGGCUCCAUAAAUAUAAUCUGGUCCUUUAUACUGAGGCUAGGAAUCGGUGUGUAUCCAGUUUCAUAUCUUUGCUUUCAGUGCUUAUGCCAAAAGCAUCGUAUAAUUUAACUGAGGAAGAUUUACUAAAAUCUGUGCUUGAUCUCAGGGUUUUGCUCAUAUUCGAUGGACUGGAUGAGUUAAACCCAGCCUCUGAAAAACUGCUAAAUGAAUUACUUCAUAAACAUGUACGAGGAAGCGAUGGUAAUCUUCGCCUCUUGAUUACCACUAGGCCAAAUAUGCUUCCUGAAAUACCCAGCUUACUUCACAACCAACUCAGGGUACACACCAGGCUCAAAGGAAUCAAACAGGAAAACAGAGUUGAGUUUAUCAGAAAACUUCAUGAAGAAAUGAGCAACAAUGGGCAAAGUACUCAAAAUACAGACAAAUUAGUGGACUUCAUGAAGCAGUCAGAGACACGACUUAGUGAGCACUUCCGUUUACCACUAAACUUGACUCUCUUGACAUACCUGUGGGCCUCUGAUCCAGAACAUGUCAACUCACUGACAACAGCCACAGAUCUCUAUAUUUCUUUGCACAAGCUGAUUCAAUCCCGCUUGUUGACAAGGCUCAAAGAAAAUCGCGGUGUUGUUACGCUUCCUUCAGGUAAGCUAGAAAAGAAGUGUGAUGAGUUCUUGAAAACAUUAUACCAAGUGUCCUUAGAAACUCAUUCUCUUGGACACAUACAACUGUCCAAUAACUCAGCCAAAAUUCUUCACUACAAGUGCGAGGAGCUGGAGUUACCUUGUGAUGACAUGUUUUCUGCCUUUCUUUCUGUGGAAAAUGAAUGGACUGCUUUUGGUUACAAAACUCUUUUUAUGCCACACAAGAGUAUAAUGGAAUUUUAUGCUGCUUUCAGAAUUUUUUUGUCUAUAGUUGAGAAGAUUGAUGUGGAAUCGGUAAAAAGAGAUGUAGAAGCAUUAGGCCAAAAGUAUAAUUUACCCAAAGAAAUAUCUGCGUCAUCUCUGGCUACUAUUUUGGAAGAUAAAAAAAUAAGUAAAUCGCUGAAUUGCAUAAUGAAGGAUCUUGGAAUUGACUUAAAUUCAGUCAAAUUAUCUGAUUACCAGAAUGUGUUCUUGCACCUAAGUGGGCUUUUGGCUCAUAAAUAUUCCACUGUCUUAGAAAAGUACGCAGAAGAACUGGUGGAUUUACUAAAAAAUGCAAAAUUGAAGGAAGCUCAGUGGCUGAACCUGGUAAUGGAGACCAGGUGUAACGACAAGAUGGCCGCCCUCAUUGCUCAGCAAAUUAUAUCGCUUGUAGUUCGUGAUGGUCACACUGGAGCAGCACUCAAGAUGUUUGAUUAUUUGGAACCUAAUGUUCCUGUACAAAUAAUCCUGGAAAAUGAGGUUCGUUACAUCCCCCAACUGCAUGAACUUCUGGAAAAUCUUUCUGGAAGAAAGUGCUGUGUUCAGCUUUUUGUCAAGCACCAGUUUAAGCACAGUCAAUAUGGUACCUCUGAUAGCAUCCUUCAGUGCCUGACCAACGCAACAGGAAAUUCAGGAUGCACAGUGUCACACUUCACAGGAAAUUUGCAGAGUCUGGCAGUGAUUCCCGAGACCAUAACUUUCCUACGCCUCACUCUAAUUAACAAUGAACAUGCUGAGGUUAUUUGCAAUGGGCUAAAUGACUUGGUCAAGAAGCAAAAACUUGAUUAUCUGGGUGUGCACGUGAUGGAAGGAGUGUCUUCCGAUGGUUUAAAAGCCCUGCCAAUAGUGAAUGACAAAAAAUUGGAGUGUUGCACACUGUGGUUGUCUGACGUGAGGGAUGACCAGGUGGACAAGGCUUGUGGCGUGAUCCGUGCACUCCUGACACCACAAGCGAAGUACAAAAGUAUUAUGUUUCCACGAAGCAGAAUCAGUUUUGACAAGUGUAAGUAUCUGGUGAGAAGCCUAGCACAGCAGGGGGUGAAGGUGAAGAACAAGGGUGGAAUACGCCUCUCCUCGCCUGACACUGACAAGAACAAACUGGAGCAACUUAAACAGCUGGCUAAGAGGGAGCUUCACUGUGAAUUUUACUGUAGUGGCGAGUCAAGUAUGUGGUGAAGAGUAAGGGCCACUGCAGAGUAUCAUCAGGAACUUGGCGUUUCUACUACUGGAUCCAAAUAUCGUACUAGCGACAACAGAAGAAACAGGUUGCAGAACAAGUCUUCAUAGGAACAUUGUUUCGCUGUAUCGACUUCUUUGUGUGUAGCAUCUGAGUAUCUUUAUUAUAGACGUUUCGCCAUCCAGUGGCUUUAUCGAUACAAAUUCAAGAACACAGAAGACAGUAGAACUAUAUACAAAAGAUGAGGUAAUCAGUCCCUCAGCCGUAGAGUUGGAGAAGAGUACUAUAGUUUUGAAUAGUUUGAAACCCAGGCAUGAAUAUUUCCGCUUAUGUACUGGCAUCAGACGAGGGACGUGUAGCGGACAGACAUUGUCACUGGUAGGCGGGAUUUCCCAUUGGAAGUAGGUCAUACCUAAGGGACGGGCCAGUAGUAGUUAAGAAAGUUGUGGAAAUGUCUUCUGAACCAGGAGUCCAUGAUGUUGCAGUGUCUGACAAGUUGUACAUGUGUGUUGUAAAGAUGAAUUGGUAAAGCUCUACGCAAAGUGAAACGUUGUCUCAAUAAAAGGCUGAAAGGUUAAUGGGCUUGAAUAAAGGCCUGUUGACUACUCCAAGGGUCAUUAAGGUUACGUGUAUCCAGUCACAAGUAUUUUGAUUAUUAAAAUAAGGAUUUAAGUGAACUUUCCUCAUUGUGUAUGUGAAAGCUUGUGUAACGUAUCUUCUCAUUACUGUUUAGUUGUCUUAAAUGAUCUUGUGAUGUCGAGGCCACAACUUUGACAUUGUGAUAUCAAGGGCCACAAACUUUGAUAUUGUGAUAUCAAUGCCAGCUGUAUAAUCCUACGGGUUUAGCGCUUCCUCCUUGAUUAUAAUAAUAAAUAUCAAGGCCACACAUUGUAUCGAGUGAUCUUGUGAUAUGAAGGCUAUGAUUAAUCUUAUAAUAUCAAGGCUAUGACAAAUCUUGCGAUAUCAAGGCUACUACUGAUCAAACACUAUAACACUUAUAUUUUCAAAGAAAAAAAAACUCUUAAGGACUCAUUGAACAAGUCAUCAUUUGAACAAGACCCGAAUUAUACUGUUGAAAGAUCAAAUUAACACGGCGUCUAGUUUCAGAUAGUGGCUUAUUAUUAAGCAGUAGAAAGAAGGCUUACCAGUCAUAGUAUUAUUAUGGAGAAGCACUGAACCCCAUUAAGAGUUGUAGAGCACCUGAAGAAUGUAAGGUUCCUUCAGAGACAAGGGUAGCUCCUGUUCCCUGGAUUAAGAGAACUUCACCAGCAUCGAGGCGCCCUCUAGUGGGUUGCCAUCAGCAGUAUACUUUGUUCCUGCACUGGAAAAAUUUUGUUCUUUAAAUUUUAGUGCACGUUUAUACAAUAAAAUGGUAAACAUUCGAUGUAUUUCCCACACACUGACGACUGUAUUAAAUAAUAAUAAUAAUAAUAAUAAUAAUAAUAAUAAUAAUAA